GCAUAAAAAAAGAGAGGCCUGCAUCAAAUAUGGGCUCAUCAAAAAAGCACAAAAAGAACAAAUCGGAACGACGCGAGAAGUAUGAAGAAUAUAGCCAGCAUCAGGAUCCGGCACAGCUGCAACGUGGUCUGAAGCUGAUAUUGAAGGUCGGCUCCAAUGCAACGCCCGAGUACAAAGCUAACUCCCCACUUGAUGGCCAUGGCGGACCUCCAACUGCGGCGGAGGCAAUGAUGGCUGCUGCUCCUGGAAGCCCACUAAUCGCAAUUUCCGAGGAGGUGGGCCAUCGUGAACGACAUAAGAAAUCAAAAAAGAAAAAGAAAAAGAAGGAUCGCGAGAAGAAGCACAAGCAUCACCACAAAGAGAAGCGUCGCGAAAGACAUCGCGAAUUGUGCUCUGAUGACGAGCGACAAAUGGACGAUGCCAUUGGCCCAGAUGAAGCAGGCUGCAGUGGUCGCCAAAUGGCGUUGGCGACGGCGCCGACAGGUGUUGGCGAUUGCUCACAGGAUGGCUUCAGCUUUAUGGACGACGAUGCGGAGGAGGAGCAAUCACAACCGCUGCCAGAAAAUAUUUUAUAUUAUGCAGGCAUUACCACCGACAAUUCGCCAUCCAAUUGCCCAGUCACCAAGCCCAUAACAGCGCGUAAAUUUGACGAAAUGCUGCUCAGUUCACCCACAUGUUCGUCCAGUCCAACUAAGCCCCUGCCUGACCUGUUAAUACCAUCACCGUCCGGCUCCACGGCUUGCUCAUUGAAUGCCCUAACACCCAAAGCACUGGAGGCGCCUAAAACUCCCAGUAGCAGCAGUGAGUCAGGCAGAGAACCAAGAACUUGUGUGCUCAAACUCAAGCAACAGAAAUCGCCAUUGAACAAGCUACUGGAGCACUUGCUACGCUUUCUGGAGAAACGAGAUCCGCACCAGUUCUUUGCAUGGCCCGUUACGGAUGACAUUGCGCCAGGCUACUCAUCGAUCAUACACAAACCCAUGGACUUUUCAACAAUGCGGCAAAAGAUAGAGGAUCAUGAGUAUGCGGCGUUAAGUGAAUUCACCGAUGAUUUCCGUUUAAUGUGUGAGAAUGCAAUCAAGUACAAUCAUGUGGACACCGUUUACCAUAAAGCAGCUAAGCGCUUGCUUCAAUUGGGUUUAAAGCAUUUGCAACCGGAUAAUUUGAUGCGCACAUUGAAACCUCUUUCUGGCUACAUACGUGAAUUGACCGCCAAAGAGUUGGGCUUUGAAUUGAGCUCCAACGAGCUAGCUGGCUAUGAUAUGGCACACGAUUCGGCGGAUGAGGGCGCUUCAACUGGUGCAGAAGAGCCCACGCCAGCUCAACUAGAGGAGGAGGAACGGAAGAGAGCUUUACGUUUAGAGAAUGCACCAAAAACCCAUUUUGAACCCUACGUGGAUGACUUAACCAGCGAGGAGAUACUGGCCCAGGUACAAAGAGCAGCACAGCAGGCCAAGCAGCGUGUCAGCUCCAAGCAGCGUGCUCAUAAAAUGGGUUUCCUACGACAGCACAAGGAUGGAACCACUACACUGAAUUUACUUAUUCGAGAUGAAAAUGAAGGACCAGAAAAGGUGGUCACCAUUGGAGAUUUGGUGGGUAAGCUGCCCGCGGGCAGUGGACAGCUGCCUGGUCUGCACACAGAUCAGCGAAAUGUCGUAAAGCCUGUGAAGCCCAUGAACUAUGGACCUUUUGCCAGUUUUGCACCCACUUUCGAUUCGAGGUUUUCCACGUUAAGUGCUGAAGAAACGCAACUGGUGCUGCGCACCUAUGGCGAUGCAUCGAGUGCCGAGUAUGCUGAAAGUAUAUUGCAAUUCACAAAGGAUUCCAGCUACGCUACGAAUAUAGCUAACGGGUUGCUCGAUAUACUCACCAAUGGAGAGCAUAGCAAAUCUCUGGAUGAGCUGUACAACAUGCAGCUGCAAAAAUAUGAGCAGCGAGAGAUUGAGAAAUGUUUCAACAGAGCACAGGAGCAGCCCAGCAACAGCGCUGAGGCUGAGAAAAUUGAGCAAGAGUAUGAGAAGUACAAAAAUAUCCGAUUGGAUUUCAAAUGUUUGCGCUCGCUUAAGGACCUAGGCAUUGACGUGGAAUUCCUCGAUGCCAUGGAAGCGGAUAUGAAGAACUUCGAGCUAUCGAAACGCAUGAAAGAACAUCUAAGCAAUAAUUUAACUCUGAUUGAGAAGCUGCGGGUCAUACAGCACGAGCGGCUGUCACAGCCCUUGCCUGCGCAUCUAGCUCUGGUGCCUCCCGCUGGACAAGAAGAGGUGCAAACGGCUCAGCAGCUGACGCAGCAGAUCAGCGAGUUGGCCAAAAAGCUGCCACCGGCCGCCAUAGCUGAUCAAUAUGCGUUACGCAAAGCAAUGGGAAUGUCUUUCGCUGGUUUGCCUCCUCCUCCGACUGCCUCGCCGCGCGUUCAACUUCCGGAGCUUCUGCAGCAGCCCGUGGCGCUACCUCAAAUUCAGUCUAUGGACAUUGAAGAGCCUGAUGUGCACGCUGGCGCUGGUGAUCUGGAGAACGAGUUGCGCGAAUUCCUCGAAAGUGGAUCUGGCAUGCAUGCCUCCAAUACAGCGGACGAUAACAAUAUUGUUGCCCAGCUGCUGCUCAACUAACAUCUAUGAUCUUUGCGGCCGCACGCCGCGCGCAAUGUUAAUAAUUUUAGAUUAACAA